AUCAUCAAAUCUAUACGAAGCUUCGAUUUGAGUUUUUUUUUUUUUUUUGUUUCCUCUAAGAUUUAAAGGAAUGGAACUAUAGCCGUCGACUUUGACUACGACCAGUCUUCUCUAUAUCCUCCUCUCUCUCUGUUCACCAUCUCCUUCAUAAAAAUCUCUCCUUUUUCCUCAACCAUGCCUUCCAAUACAGCAUCGUCCAGCGCCGCCGCCGCCGCCGCCGCCGGAUCUGCCGAUUCUUCCACCUCCCGGAGAAACUCCAAACGACCCAAGUAUUCAAAGUUUACACAGCAGGAGCUUCCUGCUUGCAAGCCCAUUCUCACUCCUGGUUGGGUGAUUUUGACGUUUUUGGUCAUUAGUGUUAUAUUCAUCCCCCUUGGAGUUGUUUCUCUUUUCGCUUCUCAAGACGUUGUUGAGAUCGUUGAUCGGUAUGAUAAUGAUUGCAUACCAGCGCCUGCUAGGUCUAACAAGGUUGCUUACAUUCAAGGAGCUGCUGAUAAAACUUGUAACCGGACCAUAGUGGUUCCUAAGAAGAUGAAGCAGCCUAUCUACGUUUACUACGAGCUCGAGAACUUCUACCAGAACCACCGCAGGUACGUGAAAAGCCGAAGCGAUGCGCAGCUGAGAAGCGUGAAAGACGAGAAUCAGAUAGACGCGUGCAAGCCUGAGGAUGAUGUUAACGGAAAGCCUAUUGUGCCGUGUGGUCUAAUCGCUUGGAGUCUGUUCAAUGACACAUACGUUUUAUCGAAAAACAACCAGACUUUGAAUGUAAGCAAGAAGGGUAUUGCGUGGAAGAGUGACAGGGAACACAAGUUCGGCAAAAACGUGUUCCCCAAGAACUUUCAGAUGGGGAAUAUCACCGGUGGUGGCAAGCUAAUUCCAGAUGUACCGCUGAGUGAGCAAGAGGAUUUGAUUGUGUGGAUGAGGACUGCAGCUUUGCCGACGUUUAGGAAACUAUAUGGGAAGAUAGAGACUGACCUGCAGGAGAAUGAUACCAUACACGUGAUACUGAAGAACAACUACAACACGUAUAGUUUCGAUGGGAAGAAGAAGCUUGUGUUGUCGACAACUAGCUGGCUCGGUGGGAAGAAUGACUUCCUUGGCAUUGCUUACCUCACAGUUGGAGGAAUAUGCUUCUUCUUGGCGCUUGCGUUUACCAUCAUGUACCUUGUGAAACCAAGGAGACUGGGAGAUCCUACUUACUUGUCAUGGAACAGGGUUCCUGGAGGAGGUCGGUAAACAAAGACUCUGUAUUCAUCUGUUUAUGUAAAUCUCUUUUAUAACCUAAGCCUAAAACUCUCAAGUGAUGGCUCUCUGUAUUUAUAGAUGUUACAGUUGAAAGAGUGCAAACCAUUACAUAGAAAUGAAAAUGAUUGAUGCUUCCUAUCACCUUUUAACU